GCGUUCACGAUUCAGGGGCAGUACGCCAUCCCUCAUCCAGACUUGACCAAGCUUCACCAGUUGGCUAUGCAGCAUCCCCCCUUUACUCCCCUUGGGCAGACCACCCCUGGUUUCCCUGGACUGGAUGCCACUACUCCAACCAGUUCCCAUGAACUUACUAUUCCCAAUGAUUUAAUAGGCUGCAUUAUUGGCAGACAAGGCAGUAAGAUAAAUGAAAUCAGGCAGAUGUCAGGAGCGCAGAUCAAGAUUGCUAAUGCCACAGAAGGCUCCGCAGAACGACAAGUUACAAUCACAGGAUCCCCUGCAAACAUCAGCUUAGCACAGUACCUCAUUAAUGCAAGGGAUUCCCCACACAUCGAGACGAGAAUAGACCCCUUCAUUUUUAGUUGCACAAACACCAUAUGGCAUGCAUCUGGAUCUCAGAAGAUAACAAUUUAAGAUCUUCAAGACAGCUAAAGCAUGCAAAUAAAAUAAUGCACUUAUUAAUGGAGUUGCAGUGAGCUGCUCACCAGAGACAGAAACUCUAGUGAACAAACCUGUUUGACUCACUUUAGAAAAGCCUGUGAACUCUCACGCUUCUGUUUAUUACUGUUUAAUGAUUCUUUUGAUGGAAUGGGAUACAUAUGAGGUCUUUUAACAUACUUUUGCAAAGAAGAAAACUUCUCAGCAGUCAUAUACCGCGGAUACUCUAUCUAUACCCUGGGAAACCAGAAACAAAAUAUUUUCUUCCUGUUGAAUUUCUAGAUAGAAGUUAUUUGUUACCAUCAUCUACAAUAAACCAUCGUAUAUUAUUAUGUA